ACCGCCGCCUGUGAUGACGUCAGCCAUGUCGCCUUCCGCCACUGGGAAAAAGAAGCAGGUGCGUUUCGCGAGCGUGAUGGAGGAGGACGAGGACACGCUGUUCGAGCAGGACACGCACCCCGCCAGCGAGCGCUCGAAGGCGGCCAACAGGAGUUCGAAGGCGGCCAACAGGAGCGUGGAGCCCGGCCGCGAGGAGCGAGUGCGAGGCGGGAGAAGAGGAGGACAUGUCUGGAUGGUCAGCAUGACUCUCUGCGCCUCCUUCCUGGGACUGGGUAUGGGUAUCUCCGUAGUGGGACCCACCUUUGAGGACCUGGCUUUCAACGUGAAGAAGAACAUCGCCAAUAUUUCCUACAUCUUCAUCGGCCGAUCUGCAGGCUACAUCGGCGGUUCUGUCCUAGGAGGAAUCCUUUUUGACUGCAUGAACCCCAACCUUCUGCUCGGUAUUUCCAUGCUCUUCACCGCCUGUGGGAUGUGUGCCAUACCUUUCUGCAAGCAUGCUCUGCUCCUCACCGCCUUCAUGUCCACCAUCGGGAUCUCUAUGGGUAUUCUGGACACGGGUGGGAACGUCCUCAUCCUGAACACCUGGGGCGAGCAGGCCGGACCUCACCUGCAGGCUCUGCACUUCAGCUUUGCAGCCGGGGCCUUCGUGUCCCCCAUCAUAGCCAAGCUGCUAUUCGGGCACCACGCCGGCAGCACGGCGACCAACGCCACCUACUCCAUCACCACCGCGCCCGUGGUGAACGACGACCACACCAUCGUCCAGCUGGUCCACAGCAGGAGUCUGAAGUCCAUGUGGGCGUACAUCGUCAUCGGCCUCUUUGUCUUCCUCACCUCUUUCCCCUUCUUCCUGCUCUCCGUCCGCAGCAACACGUCGGCUGGCAAAGCCUCCACGCCAUCGACCAAGCCCUUGGUGGCCAAACAUCACCAGGCUCUUACCGCCCUGCUCUUCUUCUUCUUCUUUGCCUACGUGGGCUCGGAGGUCGCCUACGGCUCCUUCAUCUUCACCUACGCCAAGGACUACGCUCACAUGGAUCAGUCCCAAGCAGCUGGGCUGAAUUCUGUAUUCUGGGCGGCGUUUGCGGUCUGCCGGGGGGUUUCCAUCUUCUUUGCGUCCUGCAUGUACCCGGGCACCAUGAUCCUGCUCAGCUUGGUGGGCACCACCUUGUCCUCGCUCUUCCUCUGCCUCUUCAGCCAGGACAAGGUGGCACUGUGGGUGUGCACCGCUCUGUACGGGGCGUCCAUGUCCUCCACCUUCCCCAGUGGCAUCGCCUGGUUCGAGCAGUACACCACGGUCACAGGCCGCACAGCGGCUACCUUCGUGGUGGGCGCCGCCCUCGGCGAGAUGGUGCUGCCCGCCCUCGCCGGCUUCCUGUCUGGGAAGGUUCACGACCACCCCGUGCUGAUGUACCUGUCGCUCAUCACAGCCACCUCCACCGCCAUCCUCUUCCCCGUCAUGUACAAACUGGCCUCGGCGUCCCCGGACCAGAUCAGGAAGGGCCACCGGAGGGAGCCACCGGACACGGACGACGGCGAAUUCCGUCAGGCGCUGCUGGACUCGGGAGCAAUGGACGAGGAGGAAGAGGAGGACGAUGCCGAUCAGUGGAACCACGCAGACUUUGAAGUCAUUGAGAUGGACGAUGCCGCAAGUUCACCCAGUAAGGAUGCUUCUCCCCUGGAUCAAGAUGAAGGCGGGGCCUCGGUUCCCGCCAGCACCCAGCCGACUGAGACCGCAUCCACAGACCGAGGUGACUCACCCAAACUGCUGCUGGUUCCUGACAGAGUGAAAAGAGACUAAAAAAAAGUCAGCUUCUACUCCUCCAUGCCUGAAGGGCCACACUUUGUUUGGCUCGCACGAGAACUGAAAACCCGCAUCACAGUCUUGUCUCGAUUCACGUACUUCCGUUUAGACCUUGGAGUGCAAAAAGUGCCUUCCUGCUGAGAGGUACGACAACAUGCCAUCACACCUUCCCUUUACCUCGGAAGUCAGAGCUGAGAAUGACGCCACGGCCCAGUCGGGAGCGGUCCAGUUCCGAGGUCGGAAAUCAACAUGGCCACAUCCACAAACGCUAUUUUAGAGCUUGCCUUGUCAGAAUAUACCCGAUUUGAUUUUAUGGACCAUAAGGCGCGCUGUCGAUAUUUUCAUAC